CGCUUGUUUUGGACGUUAAGUUUUCCUUUGAAUCAUUAAAGCACAUGUUUUACACAGAUGCAAAACCACCCGGAUAAUAACAAACUUAAAUAAAAUGACAACUUAGUUUGUGAAAGACAAGGUUUAUACCCCUCCCCCUUUUAGCCCAUAGCAAUAACGGUAGAAUGUUAUGGUAGAAAAAUGGCGGCAAUUGAUUUAUCUAAAACGUUUGAUGAAAUGGAAUCUGACGAAUUUAGUCUGGAAACGUCAGUUCCCACAGACAUGACCCUAUCUCCAGACAGAGAAAAUGGACAUGUAGAAGAUCGCAGGAAUCGGAAAUCAAAAGUAACAAAACAAUUAAUAGAACGAAAACAACUAAUGCAUGACAUGCAAUUGUUAAGAAUUGAAUUGUCACAGAAGAAUUUGACAUUAGAAAACAUGAAAGCAGAAUCCCUUAAUAAAGUAGAAGAACUGGAGGAGAAACUCAAUGAUGCAUUGCAUCAGAAGCAAAUUCUUGCUGCUCGUCUUGAAUCUCAGCUAGCCAUUCAAGAGCAGGAGUCAAAAAGACGACAGGAUGUUAUCAGAGAUGAGCUGGAAGAAGUUCGUCAAAGACAGAAGCAUUUAGAAACAACUAAUGAACGACUGGAAGAAAAAGCAGGAAAUGUCCGAAGAACAUUGAGAGAUCUACAUCUGACAGAAGAUAAAUAUUAUGAACUGAGAGGGAAUAGUGAAGAGGAUUUAUCAUUACGAGAUUAUGUUGCAAUGAAAUUGUUUGAGGCAAUCCAUCCACUGGAAACUGAGAUUGACCAGAUGCGACUGAGAAAUAAAACAUUAGAAGAUCAAAAUAAAUCAUUUUCAAAAGAAGUAUUAGAGUUGCAGGAGAAAUUAGAUGCUGAGCGACAAGAACAUGGUGAAUUACGCAUAAAAUACCAAAAAAUGAUAAUAGAUUUCACAGACACAAAAUCUCAAGUCAAACAUGAUAACUUCAAGGUUGAAAACUAUGACAGAGUCAAAUGUGAAAAAGAUGGAUUGGAGCAUGAUCGUUUGGAUAUUCAGAGACAAUUCACAGUACUGGAAGGAUCACAUCAGACUUUAACAAAAGAAAGAGAUGAUCUACACAGUGAGCUCUCUGCAGCUAAACAGUCCCUAUCCUUGUUGAAACAAGACAAAGAGUACCUGACAAAGCAGGUGUCUGACCUGGCUAAUAGGUGUAGUUACGCAGAGGAGAAGGUGCAACAAUCUGGUCAUGAGCUGGAGGAUGCCAAAAGAGCAAGGGAAGAGAUGUAUGAGAAGUAUGUCUCUUCAAGGGACCAAUAUAAAACAGAGUAUGAAGAUAAACUAAGAGAGGAACUUGAACAAAUAAGACUGAAAACUAAUGGAGAGAUUGACAGACUUCGUACCAGCACAAAAGAGAUGUAUGAAAGAGAAAACAGAAAUUUACGAGAGGCAAGAGACAUGGCUAUUUCUGAAAAAGACAGAGCAGUAGCUACAGAGAGGGAGACGUCCACAAAAUACGAACAGCUGCUCACAGAGUUUCGUCAGGUGCAGAUGCACGGAGACAGCAGGACAGCUGGGUUACAGAAUGAGCUGAAGCUGAAGAGUUUUGAGAUGGAGAGAUUACAGAUGGUACAUGAAGACACACUACGAAACUCAAGCCAGGCCAAACUGGACAUUGAGAAGCUGGAAAAGAAGGCUGAGGUUCUAACAAAAGAAUACUACACCCUCCAGGCUGGGAUGGAUAAGAAAGUUGCAGAACUGGAGGCUCACUUGUCAGAGAAAAAUGCCAAGAUCCAGAUGUAUGAACGUGUGGAAAAAGAAUUGGAUGAGGUUGUUCUACAGGCAGCACAAGUUGAUGACGAUCAAGAAGCGGAAAAAGUACUUUUUUCUUAUGGUUAUGGUGCUAAUGUUCCUACCACCUCAAAAAGAAGAUUACAGCAAAGUGUUCAUUUAGCUAGACGAGUUUUGGCCCUAGAAAAAAUAAACACUCAACUUCGUCAAGAUUUAGACAGAGAAAAAUCCAAACUCAAGCAGCUAGCAGAUGAACUUAAAAACAGUAAUGCAAUACUGGACCAAGCACAGCAGCCAUAUAAUUACUUAAUCGAAAGAAUACGUCAAAGAGAUGAUGAAAUGAAUAAGCAGAAGGAACACAUUUCUAAUCUCGAGGCAGAUGUACAACAACUUGAAAAGGAGAGAAAUGAUCUAGUCAGAACAAAGAAUGAUAUGUCCCUAGAUUUAGAACGCUUGCUAAACCAAAAAGAGGAGAUGUCUGUUAUGAAGCAGGUGGUGAUGAACUUGUCCAAUCGUCAGUAUGGCGAGAAAAAAACAAAGUCGAAUGACCUCGCCAGACCAAAAAGUCCAUCCUUAUACAAACCAUUUGGAUCCUUUGAGCCACACAAUGAACCAGAAGUAGUGAAACCUGGAUUUAUAACUGUUACAAAUGACAAAUCCCAUUGGUCCAAGAAACUUAAACAAAAGAACAAAGAACAGUCCACAAAGUUUUCUAAAGUGUAUGCCACUGCUAAAUCCUGACUUCAACAUAUGAUGAAUAAAUAUAUCUUAUUUUUAUCAAGGGUUUUUGUUUUCAGUAUUUAGAGACAAGGAUUUUAUUGAUUAGAGUAUUAGUAAUGAACUGAAUGUACUAGUUGCAUCAAGAUGCAAAACAAGGGGGCCCACCUGCUUAAGAUCUGGAAAGCUUUAAUGUGUUGGAUGGAGUGAAUGUCACACAUAUUUGUGGGAUUUUGUGUAGAUUAAUUAUGAAUUUAGGAGUCAGAACAAAAUCAUGUUUCGAAACAUUACUUUAAUGACUUUGUCAAAUAUUCAUGUAUAGCUUAAUAUAAUGUAACUAUUCUUGUACAUGUAUUUAAGAACAUUAAAUUUGUUAAAUUUA